UUUAUGCUUAAUACCGAACUUGAGAGUAGUCCUUCGUUGGUUAAUGGUGUGAUGCUUUCUGCGCUGGACGGUUAGAAGGUUUUUGGGAGGAUUGUAUUUUUCCGUUGUAUGCAUUCUCGCAUAAAUAUAGUAACUGCUUCAGUUCUAAGACUUUUGUGCACUAUCAGUCAGCAUUCCUCUACAAGUAUUGUUUUGGACUGACAUAUCGGAUGACCUUCACACUCCAACUAUAAUAGAUCAGAAAAUAUUUAGCGCUCAUCUUUUAACGAUCGAGUAACUUUUUAUCGCAGUUUACUUAUGUCGUGUGCUAACUUUAGUGAUUCGUGUUAAGUGAAAACAUCGACACCUUAACCACGAAGGCUCCAGAAAGUAAUGAAAAUGUAUCGAUUAGUGAAACUAAGCUCCCUCGAUGCAAAAGUUUUCGGAACAUCGGUGACAAGCAGUCGUGGGAUCUCAUUUUCUCACCUCAAAUGUACUCGAAGUGUUGUGAAUCCUUUUCCUGUCAGAUUACGGAUUUCGCAGGCUCCCGAUGCCGUACAGUCGCCACGACUUGCUCCUCAAAUGGUUACCUCUAUCCUCCGCCUGAACGAAGUCACAUUGGAGGAAUGUAACGGAGCGGUUAAAGGGCUCGAAGUUAACCAACUUCAGGCAAACAAACCUAUUGAAGAUCGCUAUGCCUAUGGAAAGCUUGUUCAUGGAAGAGGGAUGCUGUUUGGAGUAUUUGAUGGUCAUGCUGGUAGUGCGUGUGCUCAAGCUGUAAGUGAUCGUCUCUUCAACUACAUUGCUGUUGCGAUGGCAGACCACGAUGUGCUUCAUAAUAUUCGGGAAGGCAAAAUUGACCCUACCACAGACCUCCUGCAAAGAGGAAAGCAAGCAUUUCUUUCAGUCAACUCACAUUUGGCAGGUCUUCACAGAAAGAGACUAGUGCACUUUGCUGUUGAAUCAAUGGCCAUUGAUAGUUCUGAUAAUUUGAGCAAGGACAGCCUUGUGAGUGCUUUUCUAAGGCUUGAUAAAGACAUAAUCACAGAAGCAAUGCCAAGCAUGCAAAAACAAGAUGGGCUAGACAACAUCUGUUACAAUGAGGCUCUUUCCAUUGCAUUUUCUGGGGCUGUAGCAUGUGUAGGAUUUGUUGAUGGUAAAGACUUAUUUGUGGCCAAUGUAGGAGAUUCCCGUGCAGUGCUUGGUGUUCACAAUGACAAUCGCUGGGAAGCAGUUCCUCUUUCUAAAACUCAUGAUGCUGGUAACACUGCUGAGUUAGAGCGUUUGUUUAGGUCCCAUCCAAAUGAAUCUUCCAACAUCAUACGUAACCAUCGUUUGUUGGGUGAGCUGAUCCCUCUGCGUUCUUUUGGAGACUGUAGAUAUAAAUGGUCCAAAUCAGACCUCAAACACCUUCUUAACACAAGACAGUUUAACAGUUCCAUUUUUCAGAUGUAUGGGGAUAAUCUGAUUCCCAAAAAUUCCCAAACACCACCAUAUUUGGAUGCUGAGCCUGAAGUAGUCCAUCAUCAUCUUACACCUAAAGACAAGUUUCUGGUCCUUGCAACAGAUGGACUGUGGGACUGUCUUAGUCCAGAAAAAGUUGUGCAACUUGUAGCUGGCCAUAUGGAUGGCAAACAGGUGCUUGUCAACUACGACCCUCCAAAGAAUGCCAAGUUAAAAGCAAUAAACCAGGUCCUUGCUCAACGAAAGAGCAGCCUGCUAAAUCGAACUCUUGAUGCCAAUGUAGCAACGCAUUUGCUUCGUAGUGCCCUUGGGCCAGAACAUGGAUUAGUGUCAGCACAGCUGACACUGCCGGACUCUUUGGCACGAUUCUACCGUGAUGACAUAACUGUUAUAGUCGUCUACUUUGACUCUGAUUAUUUGAAAGAUCAUGCAGUGAUGUGACUUGGGUUUUGCAGCAGGAAGAGUGAUUUAAAAUGAAAUUCUAAAAGUUUACUUUUACUGGUACUACAUUUGCAAUCAUUUUCGUUGCAAACCUAGACAUUCUGAGGAAUGCAAAUUUAUCAAGUACUUACUUCGACAGAAAGAUGGAGGUUCUGCAGGUUUUCUUUUCCUUGCAUACCUUUUUAAUUUCAGUAUGCAGAAAGCAGACAUUCAGUAAAAUUACUUAAAUAGUCUACUAUUUUCAGAGUUGUGGAAGUAUUAUUGCUUUAUCAGCAGAUAGAGAAAAAGAGAGAUCUUGGCAGAAAGAUCAUGAACACUCAAAAGGCUAACCAUUUUUUUUUUCAAUUUUCAAGUUUUCAAAUCUUCAUGAACAUUGGUUCUAUUCAUGAGAACAAUGCAGUUCUCGCCUGAAUUUUGAAAAGAGGUGGUAACAUUUCAAAGGCAAUCUUGUUUUAUGCUUAUACUUUCCACAUUAGCUGCAGGCUUUAGUGAUGUUAAAAAUAGUAGUUUGGUGUGCUUUUCUCUAAAAAAGCAAAAAGUCACUACCCAUUUUUUAAAAACAAUUAUCAAUUACUGUUACGGUGUUAAAUUCCCAGAGAUUUUGAGCUUAAUUUCAUUUUUGACUCAGGCUAAAAUUGUAAGAUGUUAGCUUCAGAUCAGUUUAGCUACAAGAAAGUUGUAUGAAAGAGACUGGUAAUAAAAAAAUGCAUAUAGCUCAUUGUAACAUGGUUCCUACACUCCUACAGCUGGAGAUCCUACAGGAUAAAAAAAAGUCUAUAUGUAUGAGAAGAGUUCUACAUAAAUCAACAUGCAUAUACAAGAAUGUGUGAAAUGGCACUUUACCAAAUCCAACAUGCAAGAAAAAGUGAUUAGUGAUUAGUAUUCAGUAAACUAAUAAAAUCUGUUUGAUGCUGUCAGCAGAAGUAAGGUCAUUGUCCCUGGUAAGCUAUAGGAUGAUUGCAAAAGCACAAUGGUACAUUGGUAUAGGCUGCAAAAUGUAAGCAAUCUAAAGUUAUGUUGCUUAAAUAUUGUUAUAUUUGCUUUGGUCUGGUAAACUCAAAUUGAUGAAAAGUAUAAAAUAAAAAGUUUGUUCAAAGUUAAAAUUGCAAAAAAUGGUAAUACCUUUAUCUCACUCAUUUGUAACUGCUGUUGUUCCUUGAAUGUGUGGAGAAUAGUAAAAAGAUUGGAAUGUACUUCCAUGGUAUAACUUGCAUUUCCUAAUUAAUCCAUUUUCCAUAGAUUUUUCAGUUUGCUCAACUUGCUUGGUUUUUUGUUUGGUUUCAGAUAUUGAUUUUAUACGUAAACAUCCAGUUUCCCACUCUUAUUUCCUUUUUCUUGAUUCUAAUGUUACAUGCGGUGUGAGCACAGGGAUAUCACACUGUACAACAGACUGCUGCUAAUAUUACUGCUGUUACUAUGGUUAGAGCUUGGUUAAUAAAAUUUAAAUAAUAUAAUAGAUAUCAAGAACAUGAAAAGUAAAUGUCAGACAAACAAGCAGGCAACUUGAGCAACAAAGCAGUGUGCGGCAGUAUCAAACCACUCAGCCAAACAUGGACAAAUAUAAGACAAUUUUGGAGCUUAUCAGAAUAUUGGGUCAAUACAUUUGUAAUUCUGUAACAAUAUUUGAAAAAUAAACUCAGACAAAAAA